AUGGAAAUUCAUGAAUAACCAAUAAUAAAUUUAUUGUCUUUCUUACAUUUGUAGAACCCUAUUGGUGAUUAUUGUAAAAAUUAAUAUUAAAAUAGUUUUAUCUGCAAAUGUUCCAGAUACAAUAUUUUAUGAGAAUUCAAUUCCUAAAUUAUGGUUUUUUAGUAAGAAAGCUUAAGUGAGAAUGAAAUCAAGAAUGAAAUUAGAUGAUAAUUACAUUCGUUAAUAUUUUUUAGAAUUAAAUUAAGAGAUAGUGGCAAUAUGGAGAACAAAAUCAGAAUUAUCAGUUUUUAAUAAAGAAAGUUUAACAAAAUUCUUUUAGAAUUAAGGUUAAAAGGAUGGAAUCUUAUAAAGAUUUGUUUAUCCAAAAGGAAAUUAUAAUUGGACAAUUAUAAUUUAAUGGAGUUAGAAUUAAACAUUGUUUGAAAAGUUUGAAAGUAAAUUUAUGUUAAAUGAUAAAUCAAUUGAUAUUUAUUAGAGAGCAUUAACUCAUGAAAGAGAUGGAACUUUAGCUUAAUAAAUAAAUAGUAAAUCAUUAACAGAAAGAUUAGAACAUUUUAGUGGUGCUAUUGCUGCACAUGGUAAUGAUUUAAUGAAAUGGAAAUCUAAAAUUAUUAGAAUGAUAUUAGAAAUCAAAAUAGAUAAUUCUGGUUAGAUUUGGCUUAUUAAUUGUGUUCUUAUAAAAUGGUCUACAUAAGAAUAAGUACAUAUGAAAUCACUUAGUCUUCCAUCUUUUAUUGAUUAAGAAAAAUUAAUACUAAAAUAAUAUAAAAAUAUACUUAAAGAUAGUUAAUGUGAGAUGUGUGAUGUAUUAUUUCAUAAAAAUGAUUUAAUGAAAACAUACAUUAAAAACAUAAUUGAAAGUUGGAAUUUUGAUCAUAUGGGUGAUAAUGAUAAAUUAUUAAUAACAAAAAAGAAAGAAAUACUACUUAGAAAGAAAACUAUGGCUGAAAAAUUAGAUGUUAGAUAAGAUGUAGAAUUAAGAUAAGUUAAUUAAAAUUAUUUAAUACCUACUUUAAUUAGAAAGAUAUUUCCUAAAUUAAAAUAUAAUUAAUAUAAAGAAUUAUUAGGUAAUCCAGGAUUCUUAGAAAUGGAAUUUAAUGUUUGUUAUAAUUGUCAUAUUCAAAUUGAUAAAGGAGUUAAUGUAUCAUAAGAUCUAAGUAAAUUAGCAAAAUAAGAAAUGUUAUGUCCUGCAACUUAUAAAGGAAUUUAAAAAUUAAGACCUGAAGUUUUAAAAGAUCGUUUAAUUGUAUUAAUUAUUUUUAAUAAUAGACUACAAGAAGAGAAAUAUUAAGGAAAAUAGCUAAUCAUGGACAUAGAAGUGAUAGAAUUCUACCUGUUUCCACAAGAAUUUUUAAUUCAACAAAUUCAAGCAGAAUUAUUGGAAUUUCACCUAUAAAAAGUAUGAUUACUUCUAUACUACCAAAAUAUUCUGUAAUAACUUUAGAUACUAAAAUUAAUAAGAAUGCCACUACUAGAACACACUCAAGAAGAGUUAGUGAUUUAAAAUGA